CCUCUUUUUAACCGAAGCGGACUAGACUAACGAAACGUUAGACUAGACAUGUUAGACAUGCAUGACAUGACAGAUGGACCGCGAACGUGAGAAAUUUCAGCUUCGUUUCAGCUUCUCCCAGCGGGCAGCCCCAGCACCAAGCCUAGGAAAAUUGGGAUGUAGCAAUUGUUGCCUAUAUGUAUAUCUAGAGGUACUUAAAGCCCAUUUUUAGGAAGGAAAAUUGGGGUCGAAAGAUUGGCCGAAGUUUCAUCAGUUGCUCUGACUAAGUCUGAGUCUGACUUUGCACAACUAGAUUUAGUUUAGGCCAAGCAGCCCUGUUCCUUGAAAUGGCUAACUGUGAGCAGCUAUCCAGCGAAACUGCCGAGGAGUUUUUGGCAAGCAUGGAGAAGAAUCUUGUGGGUGGAAUGGUAGGCCUUGGGGUUGCCAUGGGGAUGGAGACAGGGCUCUUUGAUGUCAUGAUCUCGCUGGGAGGAGAACCUAAGACCAGCCAGGAGAUUGCAGAUGCUGGCAACUUCAAAGAAAGAUAUGUCAGGGAGUGGUUAGGAUGCAUGACCUCUGCCCGAGUCGUCAACUUUGACCCCAAGGAGGAGAAGUACUGGCUGCCUGCACAUCGAUCAAACAUCACGGAGCUGAAGGGCCUUGCUAUGAGCGCACCUAUUCUUUGUGGGGGCUUCCUUCAGGUGGCAGAAUGUUUCAAAAGAAAUGGCCCCCCAGGAGUUUCAAACAGUCAAUAUCCCAAAUUUGAUGAGUUGAUGGAGUUGACUCAAGGGCCAUGGUUCCACAACAAGUUCCUUCAGGAGUUCAUUCCCUCUAUGCCUCAGAUACAGAAACAACUCAACGAUGGAAUCGAAGUUCUGGAUGCUGGCUGCGGUACAGGGCUUUCCACGCGAAUCAUAGCCGGUCACUUUCCCAAGAGUCGGUUUUCUGGCAUUGACCUCUCCAAGCCUGGGAUUCUCGAGGCGAGGGAAAUGGCGACCAAGAAGGGCCUCAGCAACGUGGAAUUCCUUGCAAGCGACAUAACCCAACUGCCAAGCGACUGGACCGCCAAGUUUGACUACGUAUUCAUAAGUUUCGUCCUCCACGACUUGACCUACCCUGACAAGGCACUCCGUGAGAUGCACAGGGUGCUCAAGUCCGGAGGCACCCUAUCCAUCAUCGAGGUCAACAGCCACUCCAAACUCCAAGACAACCUGGCAUUCGAGGAUCAGGACAGGAUCUGCGUGGAUUUCACCUACAGUCUCUUCAACUGUCUCCCCACAUCUCUGGUAGAUAAAGAUGGGGCGGGGCUAGGAGCAUUCAUGGGGAGGGAGGUGGGUAAAAAGAUGCUAGAAACCGCCAACUUUGAAGUGAUUUCCAUUACUGAAAUAGCCACAGAAUCCAUGCAUUUGAUGUGCAAGAAACCGUGAAUUUUCAUUUUGUACUUUCAUCUUUUGAAAAGUAAAUUUAAACAUGCAUCCAUGAAAAUCAAAUCCAGCCGUUUAUCCAACCAAAGAUGAUACUCGUGCUAAAUCGUAACUGCUUCACCAAAUUUAAGUUGCUUUUCUGAAAGUAAUAGUUUCAGACUCAGAACAUUUAAAGGUGACAUACAACAUUUGCAAACAUCAAAAAAUAAAACUACCAAAUUAUUGUGAAAUACCUUACUUGACUGUAAGUGA